GCAUACCCCAAAAUCUCCAAACCCUAGGCGAACUCGGCACGGCGGCGAUGGCAGCGGCGGGCCUGCGGAAGGGGAACGCGCGCCUCCCACCCGAGGUGAACCGGGUGCUGUACGUGCGGAAUCUGCCGUUCAACAUCUCGAGCGAGGAGAUGUACGACAUCUUCGGCAAGUACGGCGCGAUUCGGCAGAUCCGGCUGGGCAACGCCAAGGACACGCGCGGCACCGCCUACGUCGUCUACGAGGACAUAUACGACGCCAAGAACGCCGUCGACCACCUCUCCGGCUUCAACGUCGCCAACCGCUAUCUCAUCGUGCUCUACUACCAGCCCGCCAAGAUGUCCAAGAAGUCGGAUGUCAAGAAGAAGGAGGACGAGAUCACUAGGCUCCAGGAGAAGUACGGAAUAGGGUCCAAGACGCCCGGCCCUGGCUCCACCGACUGAGCGGCCAGAGUAUUGCCUCUGAAGCCUCUUUGUAUGAUGAAGAGUAAUCAGAGGGAACAAACUGGUAGCACUGUGCUGUGUUUCAUCCAGUGUUGCUAAUUACUCUGUGUUGUUAUUCGGUCAAUUGAAUAUAUAUGUGCUUAAUGUGCUACAAUGCUUGUUCCUUUCGUGCUUUUGUAAUCGCCCAUAUAAUGUUAAUCUUUUCUACUAGAAA